AUGGGUAAAGAUAAAUCGAAAACUAUUGGUAAAUCUAAAUCUAAUUGGGAAUCAUCAUCUUCUAAUUCUGGUGGUGGAUUUAUUGGAUUCUCUGCAUUUACAUCGAGUUUAACAAAUGCAACUGAUCCUGAUUUCCAAAUCGAUUCAGAAUAUCAAGUACAAUUUAAAAAGUUGGCAAAGAAAGAUGCACUCAGUAGACUGAAAGCAUUGGAGGAAUUGAAUCAGAUGUUCUCAAAGAUCGAUAUCGAGUCGGACGAACAACAGUAUAGUAGUACCUCCAUUAGAGCACUGCUAAGCUCGUGGGACAUCGUAUUCAAACGAUUGGUAAACGACGACGAUCGUAAGGUUCGUGAAUGGUCAUCGAUCUGUCUGGGCACACUCGGUUCCAAAGUAGGAAAGAACCUGGCACCACACUUAAAAUCACUGUUCGGUCCAUGGUUAUUCAGUAUUUGCGAUCAAAAAGAUCAAUCCUAUAACACUGCUUUACAAUCUUUCAAUACUAUCUUCCCAGAGAAGAGGAGAAAGGAUGUAUUUAAAUUUGCUCAUGACAAUGCACUGCAUUACUUGAGGGAGAAUCUUAAUGAGACUAUACAGACACUGGGCGAUGGCAAGUCGAUUGCACCGGAGGUGUUACAAGACCGUUACGAACGUUGUAUCUCAAAUUCUUUGUUGGCCAUUGAGUUCUUAAUAGAUAAUUCAACAAGUGGCGAGCAGCAACAGCAACAAGAUGAAUCGACAUCGACAUCGACUACAACAAUAUCAAAUGAAAUAUAUCAAGAGACAUUCGAAGAACAGUUCUUUUCAUUCUUGGCAUCAAAGAGUAUAUUUAUUAGAAAGACAUGCUAUCGUCUCAUUGCAACCAUAGUCAAUCGUGUACCGUCGUACUCUGACAGCAAUCUAAAGGAUCUAUCCACCAAGAUUCUAGGUCUAUUCUCAGAGAAGGAUCCGACCACUCAUCUAUUCAUGUGGGAUGCAAUCAUUGCAUUCUUAAAGAAAUAUGGCGAUAAAGCAUGGGAUGGUGUAGAUGCAAGAAAACAUGUAUUACCUAGAUUCUGGGCAUUCUUAAGAUCGGCUGCUUAUGGCUCGCAUGAACUGUCGUAUCCAAUGAUAUUGCCAUUCCUCAGUUUCAUUCCAGAGUCGGUGGUUGGCAACAAUGUUGCUUUCUUCCAAGAGUUCUUUGGUAACUUUAUCAAAGGUCUUGAGAUUGUAGAGAAUAUCAAACAACUUGGUUCGAACGAACGUGCUACCACCUACUAUCUCUCAAGUUAUCUUGAAUGUAUUGUUUAUUGUACAAAGAAAUGGUCAUCACAUGAAGAUAUUGUUAAUUACUUAAUCAAUGGGUUGCUAAGUGAUUUGUUGUUGAAUUACUUUGGAAAUGAGUGGAAUCCUUUCAAUGAGUUUGCCAAGUUGUUUGGUGAUGCACUCACAAGACUGUUGGCAUCAAAGAAUGAGUCGAUCGACGCCAAGCUGACAGCGAUGUUUGGUAGAGUCUAUGACUUCACCGGUAGAAUGUUGUUGGAUGAGAUCAGAGUGGAAGGUGCUGUUGCAGAUCCAAAGAAACAAGCAAUAACAAUGCCAACUCUACUCAAUAGAUAUAAUCAAUAUUUGAAGGUCAAUACCAACAGUACAUUCACAACAAACCUAUCGAAGCGACUAUUCCUCUUUACAUGCCAACACUUUAACAAUGCCAACGCCAACAUUCAAGACAAUAUGUUUAGUAUGGUUGCAUUGCUACUCUCCUACAAUAAUAUACAAUCUUUGUUAGAACCUGAAAUUAAAGAUACAAUUGAAUUUAUAAAUACAUCGAUUAUACCAAAUAUAAAAUUGUCAAUCGAGCAAUCGAAUACCAAGUCAGUGUAUGAUCUUUUCAAUAUAUAUCAAAUCAUAGCCAAUGAUAAGAGUGGUAGUAAAGAUCUGACUGAUUGUUGGCAAAAGAUUAUCGAGUUGUUGGUCGACCAAGAUAUUAAAUAUUACAUACAUCUAUUGGCACCAAUGGAGAGUAACGAUCGUUUUAAACUUGCAUCACCAAUCUUUGAUCAAGUAGUUAUUAAAUCACUCAAAAACAACAGUCAUCCACUUACAACAAUCAUCACCAUCGAUAACAAACAACAUUCUUUAUUAUCAGUAUUAUUAUCAAAUUUAAACAAUCAAUAUUCACCAUUAAUUAAAAAUACAACUAUUGUAGCGAUUAUCGAAUGGAUUAUCGAUCAGAUUCAUUUGAUUAUUAUUGGUGAGAGUAAUAUCGAUGUUGAAUCUGAACACUCUUGUCAAUAUCUAAACUAUGCUGUUGGUAUUGUUUUGGAAAAGACUAAGGGUUGUGAUGAUUUAAGUAGUAAAAAGAUUAGAUUGGUCGAGGAGACAAUCGAGAGUAUCAUACAUAUUCAUCAUGAACUUCUCAACGCAGACACCUCUUCAAAUAUCACCGAUCAACUACUUCACUUGUUUGAUACAAUCGUCUCACUUUCAAACAACUCAACCUCCACCACGGUAUUACCAAUACUAUUCAAUCAAUUGUUACAAUUGAAAUCACCAGAUUUUGAAUUCUUAAGAGAAGUUACUACUGAAUUAAUAUUGAAGGAAUCAUCUAUCGAUAGAUUGUUUGAGCUCUAUUUGGAGAAUGUAAAGAAACAUAGAGUACAAAUGAAUAUAUCUUGGUUACAAACAGAUAUUACACCUUUCAAACCUAAUGAAGCGGCUACAUCUGCUCCGGAACUAGAGAGUUACUUUAGAUUGCAUCUGUUUGUUUUCGAUGUGCUCCAAUCUAUUAAGUUGUCCGAUGUCAAUGUCGUGCAAUCUACAUUGUCAUAUGCAGCCGACUCUGACUCACUACUGACAGAGUUGCUCACCGGUUUGAUUGCUAUCGAUUGUAGCAAUCAAUUCUCUGUUACUCUUCUCGAGUUGCAAUCGAUGACAUCGUUUAAAGUUGACUUUAUUGACCAGCUCAUUAAACAACUGGAUAAUCAACUUACCAAUGCCAAGUGGUUGCAAGAUAUCAUCAAUGCCACUACAACCGCCAACAAUGACAAUAGUUCGAUUAUGGUAAUUAGAAACAUUACCAGCUCAAUGAAUGUCUCUGGUUCUUCAGAGUUGAAACAAUCGUUCUGUUCAAUGGUUGUUACCAAGCAUUUGGAAUCGUCACUCCAAGGUGUAGCAAAGAGCGCUCGUCAUUUGAAUCUGUUCCAAUCGAUAUUGCCAAUGUUGGUAGAGCUCAAGUCAGAGUUUGUCGGUCAGAUUCGUUCGGCGCUAUUCUCUGAGCUCGACGGCAUGACUGUUUCCAUGCCCGCCAACCUCGACCAGAUCUGUUUCAAACUGUCGUUACUCAGCUCCGUUGUUACACAGGACGAUGAGCACGAUAUCACCGACUCAGAGGGUCACAUUCUCUUGAAGAUUCUACAGAUCAUUCAACAGUGGCAUCUGAGAUCACGUUCACCUCUCAUGAAGGAUCAACCGAUCGAUAUGGACGCCAUUGAGAUUCCACUCUCCCAACUGUUUGUAAUCAUAACCCAAUAUGCAGUGAAGAAGAACCUCUAUCUCUCUGCCAAUCAAUCUCAGCUGAUUCAGUCACUACUCAAUCAAUGGUCAUCGAUCAACACCAACCAAGAUCAUACACUCUUGAAACGUUUCAACUCCCUCAAGAUUUUCAAUAUUAUUCUCUCAGAUGUUGAAAACAACCAGAAGUAUAUCUUGCCAAAUACCAGUGAAGAGUAUCUCAUUGAGUUGUCAUCGCUGCUCAUCUCUCAGUGGAUUGCAGGUACCAAGAAUAUCACAAACAAAAGCUUUACUCAACUCUAUGAUUUGUACUCUGUGACACUACCAAAGAUUACCAAAUCAAUUCAGUUCAAAGUGGUACAAGCAAAUCUCAAGGCAAUUCUAAAACUGAUACAAUCGGAGCAUACAAACAUUCAGUUGACAUCUUACAACCUUUUGAAAUCAUACUUUACAAAUCCAUCGGUCGAAUUGGUCAAAGCCUAUGAACUAUCAGAAGAUAACACUGAAUUCCUGAUGUCAUCAGAUGAUUUCUCAUUAUUAUUGAAUCAAUUUGAAAUUUGGAAACAACUAAAGAAUUCAAAGAAUGAUAGAAUGUUAAUUAAAAGAGUUGUUGGUCACCUAAUGGCAUGGGAUUUAUUAUUAAAGAAUUAUUCCAUUCAAGAUUUUUCAAAGAAAUCACCAAUCAUUGGUUAUUUGAAUGAUAAGAGAAAGAUAUCCACACUUUUGUCAUGUAUAUUCGCCGUUACUAAAAAAGAUAUUGGUUCCGACUAUUUCUUUUAUGAAGAAUUCCCAAGAUCAGAUGAAUAUACAUAUCCAUAUGUUCAAACUAUUUGUGGAUAUAUGAUCUAUCUUGUUGUGAAGAGUUUACCGAGUGCUGCAAGAUCAUGGUGGACCGACGAUUGCACAAGUAAGACAUCACAGCAAGUCGAUACCUACAUCACCAAGUACAUCAGUCCUCUAAUCAUAAAGAAUGAAAUUCAAUUGGUGAAUGGACAUCGUGAGCCGGCCGGUUCCAACUUUACUCUGAGAGGUUCCCAAUCGAUCAGAGAGGUGCAAGCCAACUACGAAAAGGAUGAAAUCACCAUUUCACUGUCGUUGCAGAUACCCGAUGCCUAUCCACUGCGUGUACUACACGCUGAGUUCUCAAAGCGUGUCGGUGUCACCGAGAUGCAGUGGCCCUUUUCUUCAACGGCACAAUUCCGAAAUUCCAAUGUAAAAAUUGCAAAAACAAAUUCCAUGCCGGUUGCAUUUAUAAGUGGUUCCAAACAUCUCACAGUAAAAUCAACAUGUCCACUUUGUCAAGUUGAACUUCAAUAA